CAAAUGGAACUAAGGAACCUUACAGUAGUUUCAGAAUUUCUUCUUCUGGGUUUAUCAGAGAAACCAGAAUUGCAGCCCCUCAUAUUUGGACUUUUCCUCUCCAUGUACCUGAUCACGGUGUUGGGAAACCUGCUCAUCAUCCUGGCCAUCAGCUCAGACUCCCACCUCCACACACCCAUGUACUUCUUUCUCUCCAACCUGUCCAUGGUAGACAUCUGUUUCACCUCUACAACCGUCCCAAAGAUGCUGGUGAACAUCCAGACACAGAGCAAAGUCAUCACCUAUGAAGGCUGCAUCACCCAGAUAUAUUUUUUCCUAUUAUUUGCAGGAUUAGACAACUUCCUUCUGACCGUGAUGGCCUAUGACCGAUUUUUGGCCAUCUGUCACCCCCUGAACUACAUGGUCAUCAUGAGCCCCCGGUUCUGUGGACUGCUGGUUCUGGUGUCCUGGAUCAUGAGUGUACUGCAUUCCUUGUUACAAUGCUUAGUGGUAUUGAGACUGUCUUUCUGUCCUGACCUGGAAAUUCCCCACUUUUUCUGUGAAAUCAAACAGAUGGUUCAACUCGCUUGUUCUGACAUCUUUCUUAAUAACAUGGUGAUGUAUUUUGGAGCUGGGCUCCUGGGUGGUGGUCCCCUUAUUGGUAUCAUUUACUCUUAUUCUAAGAUAGUGUUCUCUAUAUGGGGAAUCUCGUUAGCUCAGAGGAAAUAUAAAGCAUUUUCUACCUGUGCAUCUCACCUCUCAGUUGUCUCCUUAUUUUAUGGUACAAGCCUAGGAGUGUACCUCAGCUCUGCUGCUACUAAUAGCUCUUACUCAAAUGCAACAGCCUCAGUGAUGUACACGGUGGUCACACCCAUGCUGAACCCAUUCAUCUACAGUCUCAGGAACAAAGACAUAAAGAGGGCUCUGAAAAGAUUUGUUGGGAUGGUAGCUACAAAAGGUCCAAUUGUCCUAGGGCUGAAGAAAUGUACAUAA